AUGCCGCGGGCCCGCGCCGGCGUCCUCGCCGCCCUGCUCCUGGGAGUGCCCGCCGGAGCCGUCCAGCUGCAGAGCGUCGCAGCAGCCGAGGCCUCCACCGCGGCGGGCGUCCCCGCCGACACGCCGUCCGGCGAGGAGCUCGAGGGCACGCCGCCGGAGCUCCCAGGGCAGGCGCAGGGGGAGAACCAGGAGGAGAACGCGACACAGGCCGCGUCGGCCCCAGGGCGCAUGUGCAGCGCAUCCAGUCUCGCCUGCGGCCCAGCUCGGCCGAGGAGCGCCGGCUGCUUCGUGUGGCUGCCCAGCGGCUGCAAGAUUCCGCAUCACUUCCACGCGAAGUUCAAGUGGCGGAGGGACACUUGGGGCGAGGCGAACGCGCAGGCGGGGCAGAGCGAGAAGGCGUGCAAGGCCCGCAAGCAAGCGUUCGACGCGUGGUGUGGUGUGACGGACACCGUCAUGCUGCUGACAUCUCCUCGGGAGGUCUUCGUGGAGGAUGAAGGGGGGCAGGGGGAGGCGCCAGAGGCGCCAGAGUCGGUGCUGCAGGCAGUUGCCGAGGCUGACGCGGCGGCCAAGGAGGCGCGGGCCGCGGACGUGGUCGACUCGCUGCCCGAGGCGGCGCCGGCCCUCCCCAGGAGCACGGGCUGCUUCGUGUGGCUGCCCAGCGGCUGCAAAGCCCCGCGCCACCUCCACGCGAUGUCCCACUGGCGGAGGGACGCGUGGGGCGAGGCGAACGCGAAGGCGUCGCAGGGCGAGGAGGCGUGCAGGGCCCGCAAGCACGCGUUCGACGCGUGGUGUGGUGUGACGGACGCCGUCAUGCUGCCCUUGCUGGCGGCCCCCCACGAGGGGGCGGCCGGAGGCUCGGGCGGCCCGCCCGCCACCGCGGGGCCGCGGGCCAGCGGCGCGGCCGCGGCGCCUCCGCCGGCGGACGCCGAGGCAGGCCAUGCGCUGAAGGUGCGCAUCUUCGCCUAG